AUGUCUCUAUUUGGAAACGAUUCUUUAAGUGCAAUUGAAGAAAAAGUUGCCGAAACCAAGCUAUUAAUGGAAAAAUACCAAAAAGAAUAUAAUAUUAAAUUUAAUCCGUUUACUAACACCGAACUGAAAAUAUCCCCGGAGGCAAAAAGUGCCAAAAGGAAGGAAUUGCAGAUGGACCCUCUAAAAAGAAAAGAAAGCUCUAAGGCAUUCAAAUACCAAGAAUUCAAAUUAAUGGUACGAUAUUGUAAUGAAGAAUGUCCCGAUGAUAUGGGCUUAUUUUGGAGUAGACCUCCUACGACCCCAAAGAAAUUAAAAAAAAUUGAUGGGCGCACAGUAAAUGUUGAUCAUGCCAUGCGAAAGAUCGAUGUGGGUCAACAUCUACCUAUAAAAGUAAUCAAAACGGAAUAUCCGCAGCUCUCUGAGAUUUUUCGCAAUGUAAUUUUCGAAGGGAAUCAAUGCCCAGUUUGUGGAAAACAGUUCAAAAGAAAGGACCAUGUCCAGAGACACUACCUCGAAAUGCAUUUAUCCAAAGAAAAUCGUUAUGGAUUCCCUUGCAAGCUGUGCAAGAAGCUUUUCAAAAGGAAAUACCUCAUGGAAAACCACGAGAAAAUAUGCUUGGGAGUGGAAAAGGGUAGGAGGUGUUUUAUCACCACAGACCAAGAAAUUAUCGGUCAAGUGAUCGACCUGGUCCAUAACGGAGCCUCAAUAAGGAAAGCAGCAUCAAAAUUGAACAUCUCCAAAAGUUCGGUGCACACGAUCUUGAAAAAAUACAGGGCCAACGUGGGGGUGCAUUUUCUGAAUUUGGAACAAGAUUCCGGGUCACUAUUGUCGAAGGGCGAUGACGAUGAGGAUAGUUUGGACACCAAACCGUUUUUUAGUCCGUUUGAUUGUAAAUACUGUUCGAAGAUAUAUAGUGUUAGAAGAUCGUUAUGGAGGCACGAAAAGUACGAAUGUAAACAACUUCAGAAACCAUUUGCCUGUGUUGUUCCACACUGGUACACUUGUUACAAAUGUGGAAAAGUAUACAAAAACAAGCCGUCGUUCAUAAAACACGUGAACGUGUUCUGUGGUUUGGAACCGAAAUUUUUCUGCAAAUUUCCCGGCUGUGGAUACAAGAGUCAUAUGAAGAGCAAUCUGAAGAGACACACUUAUUCACUGCACUAUUCUUCAAUGUUGAAGACUGAACCAUCUUUUUAG